UGGCCAACUUACAUCUCGAGAACAAAACAACUCAUUUGUUCAAAACAACCGAGUCAACAAUAAUUGUAACACGCACGACAACAUUUUAUCAGUUAUAGUUGUUUCUCUCUUCCUCAGUCUUGCAAGAACUACAACUCGCAUCAUUUUUAUCUUCCGAGGACGAGGAAAAGCAAGGUUAUUUCGUACUGAGUUGAUAACCUGCCAGAAACAUCACUAAGGAACAAACAUGAAGGCCGCUUUGCAGCGGUUCUCGCGUCCCACCGCAGGGGCAACAUUACAGCGAUUACUAGCGCGUCCAGCAGCACCAGCAGUAUUAAGGGUUGGACGUUGACCUCUCUGUAAGCAUACCUAUGAUCUUGUUAACGAUGGAUUGGUUGUAGGACAUUAUAACAUUAACAAGAUUAAGUUGUAACCUCUUCAUUAACAGGUUGCAAGGGACGUUGACCUGCUCUCUGUAAGCAUUUCAAGUGGUAAAUAAGGCAUAGAUAUGCGACCUAGAUCGGUCAACUUGCAACCCCUAACAGUGGGAACUUUACAACGGCGUUUUGCCGGAUCCUAUUCUCAAGCAGUGACUGGAAAGGAGCUUGAGAAAGGCGCCGACGAUUGGGUCAUCGAAGAAACAAAUUUUAAUUUUGGUAAUAUCUUCAUGUUGUUAAUAGAAGUCUGGCAAAUGCAAUGGACUUGGUCUUGUUAGCGAUGCAAAGCUUGUACUUGUUCCAGUAUCAACAGAACAAUCAAGAACAUCUUAAUCUUAAGGUCGCGCCGCUCCCCGUCGUUUCAAGGAAACCGAAGAUUUAGCCAGGCGAACAAAGAGGAUUAUCGAGACUAGUGAGUGCUUCAUGCACACGAGACUUAAGGCUUGUGUUCCGAGUAUAAAUGAUCCAUCUUGAGAGCAGAAGUCAUGAUCUUGUAAAAGCUCCUAUCUUAUAGGAAGAAAGUCUUCCUAGAAGAGCGGCUUUUCACCAUCUUUAGAUAGUUAUACCAUAGAGAUGGAUUAGGAUGAGCCCUAAGAGACUGCGUGAUGGAACAGUUGUUCCGACGUGUGCUAUCGAUCUGCUGAUGCUUUCGGAGAAGCCGUAUAUUUCGACUUUUGUUCUCUAUUGAGGGUCCUUGUUCUUGAACAAUUUUUAUCGCGAUCCGAUCUCGUAACGACGAUUGUCUGAUUAUAGGCGGAUGAUGUUGACUAUGUUACAGAGUCUUUAAUCGUUGCUAGAUUUUUGACAUCGUGUGUCCACAUUUUUUUCCUUUGAAAACUACAGGUUUGUGCUCCACGCGUUUCACGAGGCACCGCUUUUCAAAUUCACGUGGGAUGAGAUCUAUGACGACGCUUUGGAGGAAGAAGAAGCACCGAUUUUCUUUCCAUAAGGAGUUCCUGUCACCACAAUUAAAUACCAUCUUGAUCAUGCCAAAAGCCCCUCCUACGUAUUGGUAUUCUUUCAAAGUCACAAACACAAAUUUCUGACUAUGAGAAACCAGUCCACACUAGAAGUAAAAUCCAUGUUAGGAGGCUGGAUUCUUCAAUCUUUUCAGGCUCUGAUGUAGUAGGGCGAAUGAACGUAUCUAAUAUACCCCCAUCAUUCGCGAUCGUGUGUGUGGUGCCGAUCUAUGAUGUCGAAAUCAACAUGCCUUCUUGAUUAUGAUAAUUCCUCUCCGUCUCCGACGCCAUAUAAUCCUGGUCUAAUUUCAGGAAAGAGCUCUACAACUACUUCUUCAAAAGCAAGGAGCUCCUCACAGAGAAUAACAAGGUCGUCAAUAAGUCCUAGUCCAAGAGCAAGAUCCUUCCCAAUAGUGCUCACUGCCUC